AUGAGCAACCAAGAGUCAGAAUAUGUAAAGUUGAUUAGUAGUGAUGGAUUUGAGUUUAUUAUCCAUAGAGAAGCUGCUAUACGUUCUGGAACGAUUAAAAACAUGCUUUCUGGUCCAGUUCAAUUUAGAGAAUCAGUCGAGAAUGAAGUGACGUUUAGAGACAUCAAAGCAGUUAUUUUGGACGUCGUUUGUCGAUACUUGUAUUAUAAAUGGCACUAUGAAGGUUCAACUACAGAGAUUCCAGAAUUCAAAGUCGACCCAGAGAUUGUACUAGAAGUUCUCAUGACUGCCGACUUCUUGGAGUGUUAA